ACGAUGGUGAGGUAGAUCCAGAUUAUAAUGAGGACGAUUAUAGUAACUACGAUAUUGAUCCAAAUAUUGAGUUAUCGGAGGAACAGAUACCGGUCCAAAGUCACUUAAAGUAUCCUGAUAAAGAUAGUCCAGAUGACUUUUGGGUGUUGCCUUCCGGAAAAUCUAUUGACAUAAUAAUUCGUGCCCCUAAAAAUCUACACAAAUCACAGCAACAAAAGGAUUGGGAUUAUUUAAAUUCAAGUGUCGAUUAUCCGCAUUAUGAUUUAUCAACUGAGAUCGAAGAUCUUUUCAUAGUACUAUUAGAUACCAUUUAUCUUAAAGCAAGCGCAAAUCAACGAUUAUUACGACGUAAUCUUAAACCUGAUGAUGAUAAGCCCUUGGGCAUGAAAGUCGAUGGUUCUUUCCAGUUCCCUGAUGAGAGAGGACUCGAGAUUGGCAUGGUUGAAUUAUCUGGUGGCUAUUUAACCAAUGAUCUGCCUCGCUAUUUAAAAGAUCACGUAAAGGGGUAUUGGGGAUGCCGUGAUCUCCUUAAUGAUGUAAUUACAAAUUUUAAUCAUGAUGAUACCCUCAAAGUACUUGAGGAAUUCAAAAGGUCACAUCGUCGAAAUACACUUUUACGCUUUCAAUCUAUAGCAUUAAAAAAUUAUAUUGGUGAUGCUAAGAGUUCGCCACAAAAACCUACAGGAAAAAAAUCACGUAUCAUAAAUCCAGUGGAGCAUCAUAUGCACCAUGAUCAUGACGAUUCUGAUUAUGAUGAUCCGCCUUCACCAUCCCCAUCGGGACAUUCUAGAUAUCCUCACCAAUUGAACUCUGAUUGA